GAGAGCGAGAGACUUUAUGAGGCAUCGCUAUGAGGUCUUAGGCUCCACCUCGCGCCCAAAUUAGACACUGGUAAGAAACUCGCGAGAGACGGAGCUCUGAUGACGGUACGGCGUCCAGCUGCCACGAACUCACUACCGUGUCCGUGCACUCAAUGCACGCCGUCAGUCAAUGUACGCGAUCUCGAUUCCGUCCCAACUUUGCACCCCCCACAACUCAACGCCACGAUGACUAUGGAAGAAGCCCUUGCAGAGCUAGAUGCUUUUGACUCCAGCGAAGAGGUCUCACUGAGGUGUCAGCAGGUCACGCGCAGAGGCAGGUUUAGCACGUCGCAAUCUUCGACUAGAACAGGAGGCAGAGCUAGUGAAGUGCAUAGAGGGCCUGACAGAGCAAAAGCUACCUCCUACAAGAGAGAUAGUGCAGAAUUACGCAUCUAAUGUAACGUAAUUACCGCAGGCCCCGUUUUCGUACACACCGGUGUGUUUGGUCUUGCUUGCGACACGAUCUCGGGUAUGCUGACUCUAUCAUGCCGGGCUGAGC